AUGGCUAUGAAACCAAAGUUUAGCCUAAAACUUCUCACUGAUGAGGAGCAAAACAGAGUUGUUUUGGCUGAGUCUUGUAAAGAUUUUGCUGAUGUACUCUGCAGUCUUCUGACUCUUCCUAUGGGAACCAUUGUCAGGUUGCUGGAGAAGCAUCAGAAUCCUCAGUCUUCUUCAAUCGUAGGUUGCUUUCACAACCUUUACAAAAGUGUUUCAGACAUGGAAAUUGAUAAUUUCAAGACUCCAGGUUGUAAAAACUUGUUGCUGUAUCCAAGGAGUAUGAAGGAGAGUCACUGCAGGAAGCUAAAGCUGAAUGUGGAUGACACUGAGGCGACCAAGUUCUUUGUCUGUCCAAAUUUUGUGUCUGUUGAGUCUUGCUGUAAGGUUUACAGUAAUGUAAGUACGUCAAAAUGUAGUUGUGGAAACUCAAUGACCCGCGAGUUUCAUGUUGAAGAUGGAGAGCAAGCUGACAAUGGAGUGUUUCUCAGCUGCAGAACGUCUUAUAUCAUUACAGACGAUAUGAAAGUGGCAGUAAACUCUAUGGGAAUUGUACUGAAUGUUCUCAAUGGUCUUGGCUAUUCUGGUUUUGAUAAACUUCAAGAAAUGGUUAUUGAUAUUGGUUUUGAAGAGGUGCUGACACUUCUAGGGUGUUUAUUCACCUCGGAAGCUCCAUUAACAGACACAUUCUUGAGGAAACGUUGUAUUGCAAGGAAGAGUAAAGUCUUGACACCACUUGUGCAAGAAACUAGAGUUGCAGGAGAAGUUAAUGAUGUUCUAACUUUGAAAGUUUAUGUUAGAAAGUCAGAUAAUACGAUUCUUUAUGCUGAAUGCAGAGAAGACUUUGUUGAUUUUCUUUUCACAUUUCUUGUUAUACCACUUGAGUUUGCUUGGGAACUCUCUGUUGAUAAUAUCAAUAUGGGAUGCGUUGGGAAUCUAUGUAGAAGCGUGAAAGAGUUAAGCUUUGAGCAGAGUAAAGAAGCCAUGCUUCCUUAUUACUACAGUUGUCGUACACAGCUUCUUGAUCUUGUCAUCCAAGAAACGCCAGAGUAUGAGUGCUUGGUCUCUCGUCGCAGUUAUAACAGUAGCAGGCUCUCAAAGAACAUCAAGAAGAGUGUUCUUGCAGAUGGUGAGAGAGUUGCUAAGUUAACUCCAAUAACUUCAGAUUCUGCUAGUAUUGGACUUGUUAAAGGAGAGACUAACUUCAUAGUGUCAGAUGAUCUGGUAAUCACUGCGAUGAACUCAUCUUCAACGAUCUCAUUGCUAAGCAAGUUGCAGAUGAAUAUUAGUGAUAUUGAGGAGCAAGUGAUUAGCAUUGGCAAAGCUCAAGCCAUCAGUUUGCUGAGAGCUUCUUUGAUUACAACCUCUGCGUUAUCAAAUGGUCUCUCCAGCUACCUCUCAAAGAUGAAGCUAAAAGAAGCCUCUCCAUCAACUUUAAAGAUUCCAAAAUCUGAAAAGAUUCUUUGA